CUGAGCGCUGAAGACGCAAUCGAUCAGAGCGCAGCACUCGAGCACCACGUUCACCGGAAUUACAAGUUUUGUUCUCAGAUUUGCAAGAUGGUGACUCCUACCACCAUUGGAAACAGCAGUACUUUCAACCAAUUCGUUGACUCAGAGUUUCGGUACAUUCUGUUUACUAUAUUCUACAGCCUGGUCUUUAUCUUUGGGUUGCUGGCCAACUGCUACGCUCUUUAUGUGCUGCACCGUUUGCGAGAGUCUAAAGCCAUGAAUGAGAUUCGAAUCUACAUGACCAACUUGACCGUUGCAGACCUACUGUUUGUGGUCGCUCUACCGUUCUGGGUUGACUACUACAAGAAUCACGGCAACUGGAAGAACUCAGAUGCCCUCUGUCGUAUCACAGGGUCGUUGUUCUUCAUCAAUACAUACUGCUCUAUUCUCUUCCUUGCUGUCAUCAGCAUUAACCGUUACUGGGCUGUUACCAGGCCGCUGGUGGCGGCUUCUUCUGACUGCUGGAAACGUGGAGCAAUCGUCUCAGCGCUCAUCUGGUUCGUUACUCUUGCAGCAUCAGUUAAAUCCCUCACUGACGAUGGAAUCCCGAAGAAUAAGGAGAAUAACAUUUCUCGCUGUUUUGAGGGUUAUCAAAAUGAGGAUUACUCAACAAAAUAUGCAAUGGCCGUCACACACUUCAUCAUUAUUAUCUUAUUCUUUCUUGUUUUCUUGAUGGUGAUCAUCUGCAACAUCUCGAUUGCUCGAGCUCUUCUGUCACAACCCAUCAGUCAGCCUCAAGCCAGCACAGGAAAGCGUCCCGGUGGAACCAAGCGGAGAGCUUUGAGGAUGCUGUGUGCUGUUAUAGGUGUCUUUGUGGUGUGUUUCCUGCCCCAUCACGUGGUGCAGGGUCCCUGGGUGUUGUCGGUGCUGUACCUGAAGGAAGACUGGAGUAAAGAAACGCGGCAAAGCUUAAACGAUGCUCACCAGAUCACCCUCGUGCUUAUGGGGUUCAACUGCCUUCUGGACCCGCUGGUGUAUUGCUUCGCCACCACAAAGUUCCGCAAGUACAUCCAGAAUCAUUUCACAAAGGUCAAGAAUAAAAAACACUGCUCACGCAACACAUUGAGCACGGCUGUGUCACUGAAGAGCAGACAUGAGAAUUAAUUAUGAACUUCAAGAAAAAAAAAGAAAAACGCUGAGAAAUAGUUGAUGUCUGCUUAUUCUAAUUAGGAUCUUAUUCAGACAGACAGUUUCAGAUUUUAGCGGAAUUUAAUUUCAAUUCAAAAUUAGGUUCUGUUUGGAUUCUUAAAGGGUUAGUUCAUCCAAAAAUGUCAAUACUGUCAUCAUUUACUCAACCUCAUGUCAUUCCAAACCUGUAUGAAAUUUCUCUUUCUUUUAAAAUAUAUUUAAAAAAUGCCUAAAAAAUGAUGACAGAGCUUUCAUUUUGGGUGAACUAUCCCUUUAAAUGUUAUCAAAUGAUUGACAUGAUUUUCAAUUGCUGCCCCUUGCAGACGUCACAAUUUUAAACUCUUCAAAUUAUUCAGCAAGAAAUGCUUCAUAUACUGAAAUAUUAAGCUUUAUCGGCCUCAUAUUUGAUUAAUGCAUUAUCAUAUUUUCUCUUAAAGAAAUAAUUCACCAAAGAAAGGAACUGUUCUGUCAUCAUUUAUUCACCCUCAUGUCAUUCUAAACAUCCAUCAUUUUCUUCUUCUUCAGUGGAACACAGAAGAUUUUAUAGUGAUAAUUAAAUGUUUAAUUUUGGGUGAACUAUGCCUUUAAAUGUUUGCACUUGUGUAGGUGGAAUAUCUAUAUAGGUUACGCAAACCUAUUUCUGUAAAGAUGUGGUGUUCUAUUCUCGGUAAGAUGUGGUGUUAGAAUAAUGAAUACAUGAUGUCAUAUCUGGAGACAAUCUACUCUAGAAUAAGGCUGACAAAUGAAUGAAGCAAGAUGUGAUAAGAACAGAAGACUUUCUUUCUUUCUUUCUUUCUUUCUUUCUUUCUUUCUUUCUUUCUUUCUUUCUAUAUUUCUUUCAUUUAGACAUAAUGCAGAUGAAAGAAGCUACCUAUUUCCUGUCUUAAUACCUAUUUCCUGUCUUUAUACCUAUUUCCUUGUCUUAAUCUGGAUUAUCUGUGAUAUAAAUUGCACUUCAUAAAAAGGUGUCAGCUGAUUUCUGUCUCAUGUUACUAUCACAACAAAUAUUUAUUGUGCUACCUUGCUUGUUUUGAAGUAGCUCUAUGAGGAGCAUUCCUUUGAGUUAAUUCUUAUGCCACAUAGGAAACCUAUGCAUUUUUUUGUAAUGGUUUGUAUUCCAGAAUGGGGAACUUAUACUGCACACCUGCCCUAGAAUUGUUUACUUAAACUGCUCUGGUCUUUUUUUUUCCUCCCUUUUUUUCUUUCUGCUCAAGAUAAUUUUAUCCAUGACAUUUUACAGUGUUGUGAUAUUAUUUAUUUGUUAGUUAAAAACUGUUUAAUAUAUAUAUGAUUUACAUUUGAUGCUUUGUAAAACCCCACUUUUAAGAAAAUACAUGUCUAAAUACACAGUAAUAUCUUGCCAUUUUUUAUUAUUUAAAAAGGUGUCUAUAUGAGCUGUGAGUGUGUUUUAUGGUGGUUCUUUAUACAAUUAUUCAGUGAUGUUUUUCCCUUUAAUUUCAUUGUGUCAUUAAUACAUUUUAAAAUAGCACGAUGCUUGUAUGUUAGCUGCUUCUAAUGAGUCUUUCUCAGUAAUAAACUUUAGCAUUAAGUAGGAAGUUUUCAAGACGGUGUUAUGUACGCUCCUAUAUUGUUAAAGCUAUGAAUGUUCUCAUUUACUCACCCUCAUGUUGUUGCAAACCUGUUUGAAUUUCUUCUGUGAAACAUAAAGGGGAUGUUAUGCAGGAAGUUAGGGACUUGGGUUUUUGUCUAUUUAGUGAAAGUGAAAGUUGACCAAUUCAUCCCUUUAAUGUUUUAAUGAAAAGAAGUUGUGAUGGAAAAACUCACAUUCUGUCAACUGCACAUACUAUUCGAGUACAGUAACUCUGUUUACAUUUGAAUAUAAAACAAUGUAUAUAUUUCAAAUGAUCAUUGAUAUUUGCUCAAGAAAUAAGGCUUUGUAUGUCAUGUAAAGCUAAAUCAGCACUGAAAUUGCAAAACAAUAAUAAUAAUAAAAAAAAUUGAACUGUA